UUACCUCAUUCAUAAAUCCUAAAUUUGGUUAAAGAAUCCACUUUUUGAUAGCAGUACAUAUUGACAGAUGGUGCCUAUAUACACAAAUCCAGACUGGGGUCAUCUACCUACCACAAAUUACAAAAGAGGAGUUUUAUAUUUGAAAAAGGGACGCUGGGUUGUUCUGUCAUUAGUUGGACGUCUUUUCUUUAUUUUUGUUGUUUCCAUGUAAUAAAUACCGGGUGGGGCUAUUAACAACUUUUAAGAAAUAUUCGCACUGAACCACAACCGACAUUUUGGAGUAGGACGCGUAAAGAAAGCCCAUUUUGCCUAAAUAUAUUAGUCCUCGGCUGGAACUAUGAAACAAGAUUCGCCAAUCUGCAACAUCCUGUCUUCGAAUCCUUUAGAGCCCUGAUUUCAGUCCUGGAUUUGCCCAUGGACAAUUACAUGUACAGGCCCAAGCUUCACCCGCAAGAGCAGCUAACGGAUCUGGCAGACUGUAGAAAAAGAAAACCCUCCGUGGAAGACGACAUGAGAAGAGGCAUAAGGUCCAAGAAGAUGAAGCUACAAAACAACACAGAGCAUGUCAUAAACAAUAACAGAAAUUCAAAUUCCACCUCUUCCAGAGGGCACGGAUGUGUCAGGACAAGCCGAUCGCCGCCGGUGGAGUCCAAUUCCGUCGCAAACGCCUCCAACGCAUACAAGAUCCCUCCGCCCAGAUUGCCGUCCUCACCAGCCAAAUCGGUUAACUGGCGGCUGGCUUGCUUUAUGGCCAGUGAGUACCUUUCUGGCGGGACAUUGCUGGGGAAACCAUGGCCAACGGAUUAUUCGGACACAAUACCCUGGGAAAAUUACACCCCUCAGCCGAAGAAGAAGAAGCUCAGAGGACACGAAGCUGCCAGAGAAAAGGAGGCUCUUUAUUCUACUCUCACCGCCAAUUUCCUUCGCUCUGAUUACAUCCACAUACCUCACAUUUUCAAUCCUUCACAGUUGGCCGGUUGGCUCGGAUUUAAAUGACCAUUCCGCGCAAACCCUGCAAUGAAAUUUUUUGAAAGGUGGCUGUACUAUUUUGUGGUGUAAGAUCCAUUAGCAAUUGCUAUUGUGUUCUUGUCAAGGAGGAGACAAUUCCUCUUUUUAUUAUUGAAGAUUAGCUGCUGUGACACAUUUUUCUGUAUAUGGAAUCAACAGAUUCGGAACGUAUAAAUACGUUUAUGGACAAUGCAUUUUAGAACUCUUUUCAUUUCGUUAUGUACGUUCAAUUAUACGAAUGUUGUAAUCGAGCCAAAGUUGUUUAAAAUUUAUACGAUUGUUGUAAUCGAGCCAAAGCUGUUUAAAAUUUAUCCAGGCUUUAGACAGCUUGUUUGGUUUUAGCAAAAGCCGUUGGAUCCACCUUAUCUUAUGCGUCUGACCCUGCAUAGUAACUUGCAUGG